AGUUUGAUAGGUACGGUGUAAACAAAAAGAAGCAAGAAGGAGUUUGCUGUUUUAACAGUAUCACUCCUUUAAAAUACUGCUGCCCGAUGAAUUCUAUUAGAAGUUACAGUUAGCUAAUAGAAUUAGUUCGGUAAAUAGCAAAAUUCAUCCUGUUGAAUUACUGACUUUCAACUACCGGCGUCUACAUUCGGUAACCAUGAAUGGGUUUGUAAAUGUGAUAAUUAGCGAUCAGAACGAUUAGCUAAGUUAGCUAACUUUCUGAAUCUUUUUUUUGCGAAGUUGGCCGUCGCGUUGUCUCGUGAUCUUUCUUCGAAAGGAGGUAGUGUGUGGUGGCUUAACCAGGACUUGGUGUCCGUGUCGCAGUCAUCAUCAUCAUGUCGACAUCCAGUUUCAAAAAUAAAUGUGUCACUCAGGUCUACUGUAUAUACUGCGACAGUUUAUUGUGUACAAGAGGAAUGAAGGCUGUGCUCUUAGCAGACACAGACAUCGAGUUGUUUUCCACGGACAUACCGCCUAACAGGACCGUGGACUUUGUUGCCAGCUGCUAUGCCACUGAAAGCUGUCAAUGCAAACUAAGAGACAUUGCAUGUCUGAAGUGUGGGAAUGUUGUGGGCUAUCACGUGGUGGCUCCAUGCAAGCCCUGUCUGAUGUCCUGUAACAACGGUCACUUCUGGAUGUUCAAUAGCGAUGCGGUCUCCACUGUAAACAGGCUGGACCCAUCAGGUGUUUAUUUGGACAAAUCUUCAGGACUGAACUUGCUGCUUUGGGGAGAUCUUCCAGAGCUGGAUGACCAGGAAGAUGAGAACCUUGACAGCCAGUCUGAGGAAGAAUUUAUUCGGUAGGAUGGCAAGAUGAUGCCACUAAGAUCACCCC